AUGUCGGUUUCAAAGUACUUUCACGCUAAGAACGCCAUUUUAUCAGAGGGUAUUACUUAUUUAGCAAGAUCGCAGGAGUUGUUUUGGGUUGAUGUUUUCCAAGGUGAAAUCUAUAGAGUGACCACAAUUGCCAACCCUAAUGAAAAUUAUAAGGUUUACUCAAUUAGCUCAUUGUCAUAUAAGAACCCUGCUGAGUAUCCAUAUGAUCCACAAUCCGCGGAGAGAGUUGGUUGCGUGUUUCCUAUUGAAGACAGUGAUGGAAAUGCGGUUAAAACUGUGCUAUUUGGGGGUAGAUAUGGGAUUGGCAAAUUGGAUACCGCCAGUGGAAAGUGGGAAUAUAUCUACUUGUUUAGAGACAGCAAGUUUAAGAAGUCUUGGGCCCGUUUAAGAACAAAUGAUGGAGCGGUUUCCCCUAACGGGCGGGAAAUCUAUAUUGGCUUAAUGACUGAUUUUUCUUUUGGAGGGCCUGAUACUAAAAAGGAUCCAGAAGGAUGUGUGCUAAGAGUUAAUUUGCAGCGUAAAGAGUGUCAAAUGGUUCUCGACAAUGUCCACAUUCCAAAUGCCAUUAACUGGAAUCCUGAUUCCUCUAAGAUAUACAUAACUGACAGUACCAAUUGUAUUAUCUGGGAGGCACCAUUCCUCAAUGGUGCUCCCGCAAUUGACAAGAAGCGUGUAUUUUAUAGCACCAAGAAUGAUAGUAAUAAGGAUUACCCUGAUGCUCAACCAGAUGGUAGUUUUGUUGAUCCAAGAGAUGGCCACUUAUACACAGCUGUUUGGGCUGCUUACAAGAUCCAAGAGAUCAAUCCAUGUGGUGAGUUGGUAGAUGAAUAUAAAUUCCCUACGCCCCGUAUCUCCUCAUGUUGUUUAGGUCCGGAUGGUGAUGUCUACGCCACUUCCGCAAUAGAAGGUAACUUCGAUACAGCAGAUGGCUCAGAAGUAGACGGAGGUAGUAUAUACAGGUUGUCCAUUCUCAAGCUAAGAAGAAACUACGUUACAAGCAGCAUUAUAAGUCCUGUAUACUGA